AUGAAUAGGCUCGCACGUGUCGCAGCAGACUCGGUCGGCGCCUCUCGAUGCAUUUCUAUCAAGAAGUACCCCGACGGCAUGUUCAACAAAGCAUUCCUCAUGUCUAUGGACGAUGGCCGACAAGUCGUAGCUAAGGUGCCUAAUCCGAAUGCUGGCGUCCCACACUUUACUACGGCCAGUGAAGUUGCCACUAUGGACUUCGCAAGAUCGCACCCUGUUGGCGCCGAAUUUAUCAUCAUGGAUAAAAUUGAGGGUGUUCCGCUGUCCCAAGUCUGGGGCACCUUGAAACUACCCCAGAAACUUCAAGUGCUUCUUGCCAUGACACGUCUCCAGAAGCAAUGGCUGAGCGUUUCAUUCUCGCAUUAUGGCAGCUUGUACUACACAGGAGACGUGCAGCCACCAGCAGACAGCCACUACGUCAAGGAUGGCAAGGCCAUCAGAGAUUCGGAGUUUGCUAUUGGCCCGGCUACAGGCCGGGAUUGGUUUGAUGCAGGCCGAUCAAUUUUGGACAUCGAGAAAGGGCCAUCAGUCGGAACGCGAGAAACGAAGGCAAUCCAGUCUUUAAAACCCCCGAAACAGAUUGCCUUAUUUUGUGGCCCAAAACUCUACCGACCAGACAAGGAAAAGAAAAUCACUGCUCUAGCAUGGUACCGACAAAUCGUCGAUGCCCUUAUCCCAAAGGACACUGCCAUCACUAGCCCCUGCCUCUGGCACAACGAUUUACACGAUGACAACGUCUUCGUAGACCCGCAUAAUCCCGAAAAGAUUACGGGCAUCAUCGACUGGCAGUCUUGCCAUAUCUCGCCCCUCUUCAACCACAAUCCCGACCCAGCCUUCCUCGACUGGAGUGGCCUUGAGCCUGAGACGCUCGAUCUAGCACCGCUGCCGAAACUCUCUGAGCUUUCCCCGGAAGAACGAUCCACGGCUGUACACGAGUAUACCAUCCAAAACGUGUUAAUUGGAUGGCGGAAACUCAUGCAUGCCAAAAACCCAGACCUAUAUCGAGUAGUCGAGUUCCGAAAGACGGCAGCGUACGGCCUGACAUUUCUUGCCCACCGAAUGUUCGAAUACGGUGAGGCGCAUUUCCAAUCGCUUCUGGUCGAUCUAAAGGAUACAUGGGCGGACUUACCUGCCGUGAACAGCAAUAUCCCAUUCCCGUUUGACUUUUCGGAAGAAGAUUUCGAGCGUAUUAAAAUGGAUAGCGAUGGUGCAGUGGCGGGAACUGAGCUUGUUGCAGAGGUCAAGGAGAGAAUGGGCGAUUUAUGGCCAGACAAAGGCUUCAUCAGUCACGAGCGAUACGAUGAUUGCAAAGCUGCGCUCCACGAAGUCAAGAGUCAGAUAUUAGCGCAAUUGGCUGAGACUGACGAGGAAAGGGCUGAGUACGAGCGUUAUUGGCCGUUUGAAUGA